CAUUAAAAAAACAAAAAGAAGAUGAAGAACUAGAAACUACCAUGGAAACUACAAUGUAGGCUAACUUACUGUGUGAUGUUUCGUUUUUAUGCAAGCUUUAAAGCUUCGGUGGUUAGUGUCACAUAACUACUAGAACGGUUUCUGAGGAAUAAACAUCCCACAUAACUCUGGUCCGUUCGAUAAGAUGACAGAGGAGGACACGGAAUAUUUAUUCUGAUCUGCAGUUACAAAGGACAGUGAUGCGCCAUCAUUGGCUGCUGGUUGGUGUGUGUGGCUGGGUGCUGCUCAUCCUAAUGUUUAUCAGCAAGUUUAUCAAUGUCAGCUUCAGAAUUCCAGAUGGAAGGACAGAAAUGUUUGUUUGGACCAUGCCGUCUGUCAGAAUGAAACUUCCUUCAACCCAGCAGCUAGACAAAGCAGCAUCACAGCCAUUUAUAGUGCCCUCAGGUUAUUCUUCUCUGGUGGAGCCAAAAGACUGGCAGUCAGUAAUUGAGAGGCGUUUGGAGCUGUUAUCAACUGUUUGCAGAAAUUCAUCUCUCUGGAACCUUACACAUACAACUGUGCACAGAUUUGUCUUGGAUCGCAUUUUUGUGUGUGACAAACACAAGAUUCUCUUUUGCCAGACGCCUAAAGUGGGUAACACACAAUGGAAGAAGGUCCUAAUUGUUCUCAAUGGAAAGUUCACCAAGGUUGAGAUUAUACCCGAGAACCUGGUUCAUGACCAUGAGAGAAAUGGUUUACCCCGCCUUUCCUCUUUGACUGAGGCAGAGAUUCAUCAAAGAUUAAAUUCCUACUUCAAGUUCUUUAUUGUCAGAGACCCGUUGGAGCGUCUCAUAUCUGCAUUCAAGGACAAGUUUGUGAAGAACCCGCGAUUUGAACCAUGGUACAAACAUGACAUUGCCCCAGCCAUCAUCCGAAAAUACCGAAAAAGUCAUCGUGAUGAUGGUGAAAGUGUGGGUUUACGAUUUGAAGACUUUGUACGAUACUUGGGUGAUGAGACCGGUCGCCAACACUUGGACAGGCAGUUUGGUGAUCAUAUUAUUCAUUGGGUGACAUAUACUGACCUGUGUGCUCCUUGUGAUAUUUCCUAUAAUGUGGUGGGACACCAUGAGACUCUUGAGCGUGAUGCUCCAUAUAUCCUAAAAGCUGCUGGUAUCGCUGAUCUUGUGUCAUACCCAAACAUUCCACCAGGGAUAACACACUACAAUCGCACCAAGGUGGAACACUAUUUUACUGGAAUCAACAAACGAGUUAUUCGCCGUCUCUUUGCCCGUUACCAGGGAGACUUCAGCCUGUUUGGUUAUCCAAGACCUGACUUCUUGUUGGACUGAUAAAUAGAGAUUGCUUUUUAAAGCAACACUAUGUAGUUUUUCGACCUUUAAAUAGUCUCUAAAAUUAUUUCAGUGAUAGAACAACUCUUAACUGGACGAAUUCUACUGCUGCUGCAACCUGAGCAGCCUCCUAAGCUGCUACAAACACACUCUGAAAGUCGCGUGGUCGGGUAGAGCACACAGCACCUCCCCUCCCCCUGCCUGCAGAAGAGUGUCUGAUACCAGGCACUGUUGCGCUUUUCAACCACAUGGGGGAGCCAGAAGUCAAUCUUACAUGGAAAAUACAUAGUGUUGCUUUAAGGAUCACUUGGUGGUUUAUUUAGGAUUAAGGAGUAAUAAUUGCAACAAAACUACUGUUUACCUGUUGAACGACAUAUUUCCUUUUUAAAUGUUUUCUAAAUCAAAUAAUUAGUACACAGAGGAAUAUUUAUGUAUUUUUGGUCCAUGGUCGGCAUAAAAGGCCAACUUGUCUUGAAUUGCUAAAACCCAUAAACAGUAGAACAGUGGUUGCUAACAUUCCAGGAGUAAAGUUUUGACUUCUUAGUAAAUGUGUCUGAAAUAUUGGUCUGCAGUUGCCAUGUAAAGACAAAGUGUAUUGUUGUUCUUGUUGUUGUGUUGCUUAAGAACACAAGAACACUGUUCUGGCUGGUUGUUUUUGAGGAUGUCUCCAAAGUUGAUUAACAAGAGUUACAUUUACACUCUGACUAAUGAAAAUAAAGUGUCUUUUCAUUGUGUCUAAUAAAGUGGUGUUAAAAAAUA